GGAUGUAGUCGAUGCGGCUUGAGCUCCGUCUGUCCGAGCUCGUCAAUAUGAAGAAACAUUCGGCCCGGGUCGCGCCGCUGUCCGCCUGUAACAGUCCGGUGCUCACCCUGACCAAAGUGAGAGGGGAGGACCGGCCGAGGGAGAACAUCGUGGGCAACGCAGAUGGACAGGCGAUGGUGGGCGGAGCAGGGGUGGAGUCAGGGGCAGGGAGGCAGCGAUUACACUGCUGUGUUCGAGUGACAGCCAUCCAAGUGCGAAAAGCAAUAUGGGGCGUGGCCAUGGUGAUGUGUGUGUGCUCAUCAUGGGCAGGCUCCACCCAGCUGGCCAAGCUGACCUUCAAGCAGUACGACGCACCGUUCACUCUCACAUGGUUCACAACCACGUGGAACUGCCUCUUCUUCCCUCUGUAUUACAUCGGCCACCUGUGCAAGAGUCCUGAGAGACAGACACCAAAACAGAGGUUUAGAGAGUGCUGUCGGUUCUUUGGGGACGAUGGACUGACGGCGAAGGUGUUCUUUACUAAAGUGGCCCCUUUUGGCCUGCUGUGGAUUAUGACAAACUACCUGUACCUUCAGGCUCUGAGAAAGAUCAACAGCACCGAUGUAUCGGCCCUCUUCUGCUGUAACAAAGCCUUUGUCUUUCUCCUGUCCUGGAUCGUACUGCGGGAUCGCUUCAUGGGUGUCAGGAUUGUUGCUGCCAUUCUGGCCAUCGCUGGAAUCGUGAUGCUGACCUACGCUGAUGGCUUUCACAGUCACUCUGUUAUCGGCAUAACGCUUGUAGUGGCCUCUGCAUCUGCCUCUGCCCUCUAUAAGGUGCUCUUCAAGCUUGUCUUGGGCAGUGCCAAAUUUGGAGAGGCGGCUCUGUUUCUGACCAUUGUCGGAGGUGCAAACUUUGUCUUUAUGAGCUUUGUGCCAGUUAUACUGUACUUCACACAUGUUGAGUACUUCACAUCCAUAGCUGAUCUUCCCUGGGCCUACCUGUGUGGAGUAGCUGGACUCUUACUAGCAUUCAAUAUUCUGGUGAAUUUUGGCAUUGCCAUUACAUACCCUACACUCAUUUCACUUGGCAUUGUGCUGAGUGUCCCAGUCAAUGCAGUGGUGGACCUGUACACUUGUGAUAUCCACUUCAACACAGUGCGACUCAUCGCUGUGUUCAUCAUCUGUCUGGGCUUCCUGAUGCUGCUGUUACCAGAGGACUGGGAUCAGUGUUUGAUUGAGCUCGGCACCAUUUGGCCGGGACAGGGCGGUUUCGGUGGCCUGCACCAGAGCUACACUAAUAUAGGGAGUCCAGCACAAGAAGAAAGUGGCGAUGACCGAGAACAACCUCAAGACUCCAUGAUGCUGAGCUUGGUUGGGAUUCUGAGGGAUACUGCUAUGGAUUUGAGCCAAGAACGAGUGUAG